ACUUAGUACUUAUAAUCUUGAGCUUUUGGGAGACGAGCGGCAAGUAAUAACAAGCUGUAAUCAAAAAAUACUUGAUUUAUAAUAGUGGUAGUUAGUACAGAUAAAAUAAUGACUUUAUACCAUUUCGGUAAUUGUCUGGCUUUGGUUUACGCACCAUAUCAUAUGGCAUACAAAUUUUCUGGAAUAUCAGAAUAUGCUACCUUUUCGAAGUGUAUCUAUGCUGGAGGGCUCUACAUAUUUACUCAGCUUUGUAAAAUGUUACUUCUUGCUACUUUCUUUCCAGACUAUGAUAACACUCAUGCUUCUGGGGAAUAUGAUGUCUUCUUAGAAAUUUUGAAAGCCACAGUUGAUUUGGCUGAUCUACUUGGUUUGUAUUUUGCAAUCAGUUCUGUACCUGGCAAAGGUCAUGCAAAAAUUUUAACUGCAGCAAUUGGAUGGGCAAGUGCUGAGGUAAUUGUCACAAGAAGUGUUCUAUUGUGGGUUGGUGCUCGUGGUUCUGAAUUUGAUUGGAAAUAUGUGCGAUCUUGUGCUGAAUCAAAUGUAGCACUAUUACAACAUGCAUCAACAGCAGCAUUAGUAUGGCUGUGGACAAGAAGUGACUUGCCAAAAAAACACUACCCAAUUGUUAUGGCCCUUUUAGCUUUGUCUCCAUAUAGAAAUUUGUUUGAAGAAGCAGUGGCAAGUGUUUUAUCUCUAAGUGCCUGGACCCUGUUGGCAGUUCGAGCAAUACAUGCAUCUGCAGUUGGUUUAACAGCAUUAGCUAUGUAUGCUGUGCUGGCACAGCAAAUUGGAAUGUAAUAGUUUUAUAGUACAUUAUUUAUUAAUUGAUGUAGAACUCUUAAAUUAGAGUGUGUGAAUGAAUGA